AUGGCCCCAAAGCUCAAAGACCCUACCCUCCUCAAGCAGAAUGUCUGCUACAUCAAUGGCCAAUGGGUCAAGGCCCAGUUGGGGAACACCUUCGAGGUCCAUGACCCGGCUACCGGCGACAUAAUCGGCGCCUGUCCCGACUUCGACCGGCAAGACACAGAGAAGGCCAUCUCCGCCGCCGCCGCCGCCUUCGCCGAGUUUCGCACCAAGACCGGCCGGGAGCGGUCCAAGCUGCUGCGCAAAUGGUACGACCUCAUGAUGCUCAACGCCGAGGACAUCGCCACCCUCAUCACAUGGGAGAAUGGAAAACCCCUGGCCGAUGCUCGCGGCGAGGCCACGUACGCCGCCAACUUCUUCGAGUGGUUUAGCGAGGAGGCCCCGCGCCUCUACGGGAACACCAUUCCCGCCUCCGUCCCGGGCAACCGUAUCGUCACCUUGAAGGAGCCUGUUGGCGUCUGCGGCAUCAUCACUCCCUGGAACUUCCCCGCCGCCAUGAUCACCCGCAAAGUCGGCCCCGCCCUCGCCACAGGCUGCACCGUCGUCGUCAAAGCCCCCUCCGAAACCCCCUUCACCGCCCUCGCCCUCGCCGAACUCUCCCAACGUGCCGGCAUCCCCCCCGGCGUCUUCAACGUCCUCACCACUUCGCACGAGAAGACCCCGCAAGUCGGCGAAGCCCUGACCAAGUCCCCCACCGUCCGCAAGGUCUCCUUCACCGGCUCCACCAACGUCGGAAAGCUCCUCAUGAACCAGUCGGCCUCCACUCUGAAGAAGCUCUCCCUCGAGCUGGGCGGCAACGCCCCCUUCAUCGUCUUCGAGGACGCCGACCUCGACGCCGCCGUCGCCGGCGCCGUCGCCUCCAAGUUCCGCUCCUCGGGCCAGACCUGCGUCUGCGCCAACCGCAUCUACGUCCACCGCUCCGUCAUCGACGCCUUCGCCGCCAAGUUCGCCGACGCCGUCCGCGGCUUCCGCGUCGGCAACGGCUUCGACAAGGACGCCACCCACGGGCCCCUGAUCCACGCCCGCGCCGUCGACAAGGUCGAGGCCCACGUCCGCGACGCCCUCGACCAGGGCGCCACCCUCGUCCACGGCGGCAACCGCCUCCCCUCCGCCGGCGCCCACUUCUUCGAGCCCACCGUCCUCUCCGGCAUGACCGCCUCCAUGGCCCUCGCCGCCGAGGAGACCUUCGGCCCCGUAGCCGGCCUCUUCCCCUUCGACUCCGAGGCCGAGGUCGUCGCCCUCGCCAACCAGGCCGACGUCGGACUCGCCGGCUACUUCUUCUCCCGCGACGUGCACCGCGUCCAGCGCGUGGCCGAGGCCCUCGAGGUCGGCAUGGUCGGCGUCAACACGGGGCUCAUCUCAGACCCGGCCUCUCCCUUUGGUGGCGUUAAGGAGAGCGGUUUCGGCCGCGAGGGCUCCAUGUACGGCGUGGAGGAGUACCAGGUUAUCAAGACCAUUACGUACGGCGGCAUGUCGCAGCCGCUACAGAAGUGA